GAGUAUCUCUACUUAACCCUAAGACUCUUACUCUGAGUUUCCUAUCAUCCACUCAGCAACUACUUAGAAUGCCUUUUACUAUGUGCCAGACCCUGUAGAUGCUGGGGAUACAGUGGAGCACAAAGCAGAUGUAUCCUUCCUUCUUUUACCUCCCAGUCUGAGACAUACUUAAUGAAAACACAAAUAAAUGAGUCAUUACAACUGCUACUAUGUCCUAAAGGAAGAGUUUAGCGUACAGUGAAUGUGUAUCAUAGGAAGACUUAACCCAGUAUGGAUACUCACUUCUAUCCAGGAUUCGGUCAUUAACAUUCCCUAUUUCCACAUGUUCUCUGCUUUACCCACUUCAGUGCCUCUCUUCUUCCUUCUUCUCCCCUCUUCAGAGGGAGCAGCUGCAUUUCAAAUUACAUCCAGUGAAAACAGGACUUCAAGGAUAUUCCUCAGGAGAUUCAAAUGUUAACAAGCAAAAACUAAACAUAUACCUUCAGGUUUUUAAUUAGGUGUGGAAUUGCUAGAGCUCUGGAGAAGAUGCAAGUGCUAAACUGUUCUACCAAAUUACUAAUACUGGAAAAAAUGUUGAAGAGUCACUUUCCUGAAUCACUCAAGGUUUAUGGAGCAGUGAUGAACAUAAAUCGUGGGAAUCCCUUUCAAAAAGAAGUGGUAGUGGAUUCAUGGCCAGACUUCAAAGCUGUUAUCACCCGGCGACAGAAAGAGGCUGAGACAGACAACCUGGACCAUUAUACUAAUGCCUAUGCUGUGUUCUACAAGGAUGUCAGGGCUUACCAACAGCUAUUGGAAGAACGUGAUGUUAUCAACUGGGAUCAAGUUUUUCAAAUACAAGGGCUGCAGAGUGAAUUAUGUGAUGUUUCCAAAGCUGUUGCCAACUCAAAGCAGUUAGGUGUAAAGCUUACUUCCUUCAAAGCUGUUCAUUUUUCUCCUCAUUCAACUCUGCCGGACACCAGUUCUCUAAUGAGUUCUCCCCCACGGCUAACAUACCUGAGCGUUACUGAUGCUGAUCUACUCAACAGGACUUGGUCACGAGGAGGCAAUGAACAGUGUCUCCAGUACAUCAAAAACCUCAUCUCUUGCUUCCCCAGUGUAUGUGUCCGUGAUGUCAAGGGAAACCCAGUCUCUUGGUCUCUCACAGACCAGUUUGCCACUAUGUGCCAUAGCUAUACCCUGCCAGAGUAUCGCAGGAAAGGUUAUAGCCGGCUGGUGGCCCUCACGCUGGCCAGGAAGUUGCAAAGCCGGGGAUUCCCCUCUCAGGGCAAUGUCCUGGAUGACAACAUGGCAUCCAUAAGCCUCCUGAAGAGUGUCCAUGCUGAGUUCUUGCCCUGUCGUUUUCACAGGCUUAUUCUUACCCCUGCAGCUUUCUCUGGCUAAGUUUAGCUCUAGCCUAUUGAAACUUCAGGCAUUUUCUUCCUUUCCCUGAUGAUACAUAUACUCCUUAACUGGCAACGAGGAGAAUAUUCAAACUGGAGUCAGAAGAAUCUCAGGUUGUUGAAAGCAGCCUGGAAAAGACAUGCAGGAUCAGCCUGAGAAGCCUUCACUCUCUCUGUGUCAGGUUUCUAUGGUAAAUAACUAGAGGUCAGAGAUAUCAGUGGCUGAGAAGAAGAUAAUUAUCUUCCUUUGGGAUCCACCGCAAGAAAAAGGUUCUAAAUCCAGCAGUUCUCAGCAAAGUUAUAGAAAUGAAAGCCUGAAAACAGUGAUUUAAAAGAAGCAUGUGGCUACUGCUUUAUUAUUGCUGCUUGGGCUUAGCUCUGAAUUUUCACAACCACAGCUGCUCCCCACUACCAUACAUACACUCCCCUGUACCUCCUGUUGCUAUGUCUCUCUAAACUCUUCCUACCGCUUUUGAUCCAGGUGCUCUGUAGAAUAAUCCUCCUUUUUUCCCCUUUAAUUAUUGGUUUUCCAUUUCUGCUUACAACUCUAGCCUAUAGUUCUUUUCUGGGAAUGUUCAAAUGCAGUGGUUCUCACAUUUUAGGGUACUUCUAAACCACCUGAAGGGCAGAUCUGCAACACAGUGGUGGAGCCUCUUCCCCACAAUCCCUGAUUCAGUAAGUCUUAGGGUCUGAGAAUUUGCAUUUUUAUAUAAUUCUCACUGCUCGGUGGUCUUGAAUGGAGGAAUGAAGAUAUGGGCAUUUUAAAUGCUAGAAACAGAUGAUAUCAGCAUAGGACUGGACCUUACCUAUCACCUAUUCCAGUUCCUUGUUUAUAAUCUGCUUUUUCAUAAGAAAUUAUAUACGUGUGAAUGUGUGGUAUGCAGAUGCACAUAUAAAUGUGCUUUCAUAGAUACACAAAUAUAAAUACAUUCCUUUUGUAUUUUAUAUAUGCAUAUUAUAAACAUAGAAUUUUGAUAACAUAAUAAACUAAUUCUUUGUAUAUGAAAAAUUUAAGGAUCAGGGAAAAUAAAUGAUUUUUUAAGACAAUAUAGAUAAUUGCUGUUAGAUGUCAAGCCAGAAUGCUGUCAUUUUUAUUUCAAUCUAUUUUUUUUCGCUAAAUCAUCUAUCAUUUUUGUAAAUUUAAAUGCUUAAAUAAUUAAAUAAAUACU